CCAACGUUUAGGUCACCAUGAACUGAUCUGGCGAAGAGAAGUGCGUAUACGUCCAUCGCAUCUUAUGUCCUGCCAUAUUUGUUCAACUGGCGAGCUACUACUGAUACAUGUCAGCCACAUUUGCUCAUCGUCUCCAAUUGUCUGGCCACGACUUCCUGUCUGAUGUAAAUGCAGGACUAUUAUCCUGGUGAUGAAACCUACGACGAGAGCCGGCAUUCGUAUUCACUGUAACGAGACUCCCGGAUUGUCGUCACAUCUUUCUUUUUCAAGAAGGACCCCUGCUGCGUGUUCGUGCUUCAUCUUGCACCACCAUGGAUGUCCUGGCCUCAAGGAGGUUGAACUUCCCAUGCUUCACGACAUCCAGUUUCGCAGAUGUCGAUAUCUAUUCCAAUUCCGAGGAUCUUGGGUCCCAUUUCGCCCGUCUGCAGCGUGUCCCAAAUAUUGCGAAGCAGAUAGACGAUGCAGUAUUUGGCAUCUGGGCGGCUGCAUAUAAAGAGUUGCUUGAUCCACCAACCUUUAUCUUUAUGGCACGACAGAUGAUUGACGUCAGACAAGCCAUCCAGGAAGCAAAUGAAGCCUUUAUGAACGAACAUAUCACGAAAUGUAAACGGUCGAUUAAGAGAUUCCGAUUUUCUAAACCAAAGGAGGACAAUAUUGCCUCCAAGCUCAUCAAGUUGAAUGAAGUAAUAAUGAAAUUAGCGAUCGUCUUUGAAGCUGCAGCACUGUUGGAUUGUAUACCGCACUUGGAUUAUAUGGAUUAUAUGGAAUUACCUUGAAUAGCUCCCUGUAGAUACCCACGAGUUACAUAUUAUGAAUUCAAGUUUCACG